UACUAUCUUCAUUUGUCUAUAGCUGCUUGUCAAAGCUAAGUUGUCAAAAAAACGAGCGAAAACUAAAGGAAAGUUUUAGCAUCGCAGGUUAUUUCAUGUUUUUUUCUUAUGUUUAUAUGAUAAAAUUGAAUUUAAAACUGUGGUAAAAGUAUUUAAAUCAGAUAUACAAGUGGAACAAAUGUGUGAAUGUGAUGAAAAGCAAAGUGUAAUCAUUGUUAUUGGUAAGCGUCAUGCCCCCGCGAAUUAGAUCUCGAGCUUGCAAAGCUUCAAAGGAAAACAUUGAUGUCACUGAGAACAAGUCGAAACCUGCUAAAAGUACAACGAAAGUUCCAAGAAAGGCCUUAGCUGAUAAGACCAAUUCAGCAUCUGAUGACACGUCUGUAGAAAUUACGAAGCCUAAGAAAACAAUCGCUAAAAGCUCGAAGGCGGCGCCAAAACAAAAUGCAGAAAACAUACAGAAUAAAAAAGCUAAGCAGAAUACACAAACAAAAGCAGUGGGAAAAUCUAAAUAUACUGGUCAAAAAGAAAAUACUCAAUCUGUAAAUGACGCACGGCCACGUCGCGAGAGACGUAUACCGACACGAUUUGUCGAAAACCCAAUCCUAAAUAAUUUAUCAAACAGUAAGGAUAGUGUUAACAUAUCUCAAAAUAGCUCUGUACCUGAGAUAAUAUCUACCAAAACUCCAGUUACGGCUGAGAAACCAGAAAUUACUCCUAAAAAUUGUAAUGAUACUGGUAAACCUGAACCUUCUCCCUUUAAAACCCCAUCCAAACCUGACAGCAGCCUGCUAGCUUGCAGGCCAAGGAGGAUUUGUCGCUUACCAUCACGAUUUGAUGACCACUCUAUAAGUCCUAAUAAAUAUAUACCCAUUCAGCCUGAUAAUGCAAGUACACCUAUACAGCAAAGCAAAAAUCAACCUGACACUAUAAAAAGAAAAGCAAAUAACAAGAAAAGUCCUGCAAAAGUAGGUAACACUAUAGAUAGUUAUUUGGUCCCUAAAGUUAGGCUAACUAGAUUGCCUAUAACUGAUCUGGAAAAUCUAAAAUCAAGUGAUAAUUCAUCAAAUAAAAGUAGCCCUGACAGUAAUAAUAAUGCUAAAAGAACAACAAGGGCUAAAAGAAAUGUACCGAUAAACUCCAAAACAAAUGUUAAACGGGCUCCAGCUAAGAAAGGUGAAUCACCAGUGAAGAAGCUUUCACCACCAGCUAAGAAAGUUGUUCCACUGGCAAAGAAACUUAUAUCUCCAAGAAAGCAGAAUAUAUCUCCCACAAAACUAAAUUCAUCCCUAACAAAAAAAUCUGAAACAUCAGUAAUUGAAAUAGUUUCCCCAGUAAAGAAAACAAGUCCAAAGAAGUCAAAUAAAAAUCUAUCAUUUAAAUUGUUAGGCAGCAAGAAAACAUCUCAGAAAAACGAUAAUAAUGACCUUGAUAUCUAUGAGUUCACAUUUGAUCCUAAUGAGGAACCACAACCUCAGAAAAAGAAACAUAAAAGGACUGUCGUUAAGAAGCCAACCCAACCUAAGAAAGCAACAUACAAGAGUAGUUAUGAUCGCAACAUAUCCAGAGCUUUGUCAGCCCUUAAAAAUGCUGUAAAACCUAGUAAAACAGUAGAAGCAUCUAAGUUACCUCAAAUUACUGAAACUGAAGUGGUUGAAGUCAUAGCUGAGAAUGUUCAACAAAAUAUAACAAAUAACAAAGUGCAAUUAUCUACAAACAAUCAAAAUAACAUAGUGUUAAAUGACACAGGCAAGACUUCUGUACAUGAAUGCAACUAUCCCUCAAUAAGAGUUGAAGACAUAGCAGCUGAUAUAGAACCAAGUAUUGAUCAUCAUGAUGACUUUAAUUACUCACCUGUUACUACACCUAGACCUCAUGGUGCAGCUACUCCUAAUGCAUCUGUGCAGUUUAGGACAAGUCCAGAAAGGCCAGUACUGAAUAAAGAUCCACUUAAUCUUCAAGAAGAACUCAGCUUCUUUGAUGAUCAACCUGUUGCUAGCAGCAGCAUGAAUAUGUCCGUCCGACAUCCUUUAGCAAGUCCUUGGAGAGUCGAAUUUGGAAGUCUACCAAUAAAAUGGCCAGUCAACACUUAUGUCAAACCCAACAUGACACCAGCAGUUGAAAGCUCAUUCAUAAGUGCUGAAGAUUCAAUAAAAAAGAAACAUGUUUAUACAAAUCUGUUUCUACCUGCCAAUGAGCCACCAGAACCUGUUUCAACAACUCCAAAUCUUAAACAAACAAGUAUAAUAUCAUUUAUCAGGGAAAUGGCUGAAAAGAGUGCUAGAAAGAAAAACGGUAGGUCUAUAUCGCCGGUAAAGGCGAUAUAUGUGGAGGUAGACAAAAAUACCUCUAAAAAUAAAAACAAGAAGCUAAAUAAAGAAGCUAUUCCAGCAGAAAACACGUCUGAAGAACCAUCAAGCAACAGUAUUGAAACAUCCAGUGAGAAGGAAAACUCUAAAGAAGAGAAAAGAACUAGAAAGCGUAAGAAUGAUGGAAAUAUUUGUAAUUUACCAGCUAAAUCACCUCGAAAGAAAAACGAUAAGGACUGUACAUACUUCGGAUUUGACGACAGUGAAAAUCCUGAUCUGGAGAAUGUAUCACCUAUCAAAAAUAAUAAGAAUAAAGGAAGAUCUAUGAGAACGCGAUCAAGGGCAGUUCUUCAAGAAAUCAAUGGUCCAACAAGAGCUGUACUCCCAGUUGCUGCAAAAACUAAGAUAGCAACAAGUUCGGAUGCUGUUAAUAAAGUUUAUGAGGAAUUGAAAUCGGCUGCUGACGCACCAGUGUUUCCUGAAAAAGAUAUAAAUGUCAAUGAUGCAAAUGCAACUAAUAUUGAGGAUGCUGAUGUUAAUGAUGAUUCCCAGUCUGUACAUCUGUUUGAAGAUAUUGAAGUUGUACAUCACUUGAAGCCGACACGUAAAAGUUACGGUAAAGCAAAGAAGGUGACAUUCCGACAUCGGUCUUCAUCAGACAGUGAAUCAAAUAUUGCAGUUGCUGUCAAUCAGAAUGACUCUAGUGAUUAUGAUGAUCUUGCGGAUUUGACCUUCGAUAUUCCCGAUGUUAAAGAGAAGAAAACCAUGAAAAAGAAGAGGCCCAAGAAACUGAUGUCUAAGAAGGAGGAAAAAGAAGCCGAAGCUUGGGCAGCAAAUUUCAAUUCCAUGUGUGAGGACAUAGAAGAUUUCCCCCUACUUGUUGAGUAAUCAUGACAAUAUUAUUAUUAAUCAUAGAAAUUAUUAGUAAGAUUAGUAUAGAAAAUACUCAAAUUAUGAACAAGGGUCCUAUUACCAUCUUUUAAGUCUUAUUAUUGCAGUUUUGGAAGUGUGAGAGUACACUUAACGAUGUAGAAUAGCAUUUACCUCUCUCCACAAACGCUACAAUAUUACUUUAAAAGAUGGAGGUUUCCCCUGAAGUAAUUUAACAAAACGAAACUCUCUCAAGAAAUCUUGAUUCCAAUUAUAUUUUAAUUUAAAAUUCGUAUCAUUUUGUAUAUAAAUAAUGUGAAUUUAAUUUAUAUUAUAAUAUAGUCUAGUAGUUAUUAUGAUAUAUGCCUCAAUUCAGUACAAUUUUCCAAUCAUGAAAGUUAUUGUGGCCAUGUGUUUGCCAUUUUAUUUUAGCUGAUAUGACAAUUUCAUUUAGUUUUAAGUAGUAUAAGUUUUAAAGUAUGAUUUUAAUUUAUUUGUCGAUUUUGGUUGUUGCGUAAGCUCUGUUACUGAAUAGAUUAGAAUUUAAUUCUGAAAUCUUAAAUUUAUACUUCGUGUAUUUAAAAUUGGUUGCUUAAUGGUUGUCAAUUUAUUGGAGCACAACCAAAAUUGACAAUAGCUAUGAAUAAGAAUUAAUGCGCAUUUAAGUUGUAACUAAGGGACCAUAAAUAAGGAAAUGUUUUUUAAAGUAAUUAAGUAGAGUUUUACCUCGAAUUAUUUUGAAUCUAACUUAAUUUUAUGAAAAAUAGACCUUAACCUGAUAAGUUUUCACUUUGCGUUUAAGAACAAAUUAAGUUAAUAUUUUUAUUAUUUUGGGUUUAAAUCUCGUGGGCAUUUAAUCUUGUGUUAAUUAUUUGUGUUAUUUUGUGGGGCAAUAGUCUUAUUUUGACCACUGUUUCUCGUUCUGUUAUUCAGAUUUUUAUUUUUGCGACACGAGACGCAAUGCUGGCUGUUUUGCAUCUCAUUUUAUUUUCAAUAAUAGACACAACUUUAAUUUUAAUAAAUAAGGAUUUUUAAUA